AUGCUGGCACCAUUGUACGCUGUUCGCAACUUGGUGUGCGAUCUUCGCGUCAUGAAAGUCCAGAUUGAAUCCUUCAGCUUCACGAGUGCAGAGUGCUACUGCUGCCAAGUGGGCCAUGUCAUACCUGGCACCACUACGCGCAUCCCAUGUGACCGUCAGAUCAUUGGCAACAAGCUGGAAGAAUGGUUCGGGCCACAAUCCUCGGGCAUCAUUCGGCAGGGCAUGGCCAAGGAGCUAUACAUGGCAUUGGCGAAAUCGGGUACAAAAGCAACUUCUGGAGAGUCGGCACAAGAGCUCUUCGACAGAUAUGUGCAAGAGGUGUUCGGCCACUACAUCCUGAAGAAAGUUGGUGGCUCGCGUGUGAGUUAUGGUGUUGCAGUGGCCACAACAUUGCCGGCAUUUUUCUAUAUUUGCGACAGGCUUCAUAUGUUGACUACAUUGCAGCCCGGACAGCUUACGCGUCUGAGUGCACACUACUUUGCCGUUGUUCUUGGCUUCUUUCCCAGUCUUGUCCGACUGGCACUUGACUUGACGAUACUUGCAGAUUACCUGAUCCGAAUCAGGAAUCCUUUGGCUGGAAGGCUUUCAGUCAUGCUUCUGGCAAUGGGCGUUCUGACUGGCAUUACCUUCUUCUGGUUGUUUCUGUUCGACUACACCUUGUUUCACGACCAAGUCGUGUACCAGAUUCUGAUGAACUCUGCAACGCUCCUGGUGACAGUCGCCUUGUACUCCAACGAUUUGAGCGACUUCUUUGCUGCCUUGCGCCGUGCCCGAAAGCACUCCCGAGCAACACAAAAUCAGAAGCCACUGCAGCGCUUGAAGACUAUGAAGACACGCAGAACUCUGCGACCAAGCCGGCAGGAUCAAGGAGUGCUGGAAAAGUGCAAGUCUUGGCAGCCUGUGCCAGAGGUUCCCGGGCCGUCGGCACCGAGCUCCCCAAAGCCUCGCCAUGUGACCUUCGGGAAGACGCUGCCGGAUCUGUCGACCAACAUGGUGCUUCCAGGCACACCCGCCCACACCGCCCUUGCCGACGGCUGA